AUGGCCGACUUUUCAAUGUACCACAACCUAGGCGACGGUGCUGUGCCGGAGGACGAGAGAUUGAAAUCACAUAUACGGACCGAGCCCGCAGCUCCUCAGUUCGUCCCUCCGGUUGCUCAUCCGCCGUCUGGUUACGUACAAAGCGGAGGCGUUGCCCCGUCCCCUCAGCAAGCAUACCACCACCAGCAUGGCUUUACCCAAUCCCCUCCGUAUCCCUCACCUUCGGUAGGAUACCCGUCACCACAGGGAUAUCCUCAAGCUCCAGUUGAUAUGCAGUCCGGGGUAAACAACUUAACUGCUCAGAUGGGUGGACUAGGAAUUGCCGGCGGAGCACCAACCCCCCCAGCAGGUGGGAGUGUCAGGGCACAUAAAAAGAAAGAUAGACAUGCAUACCAUGACAUCGGGGCUCCCGCAGGAUCGUCUCGAGCAUUCAAUGGCAUGCCUCCGGGCUCGACCCAACAGCCAUCCCAAUUCUUAAACCAGCAGAGCCCACAAGUUGCAUCUCCUCAUGGGGGAUUAGCCUCACCUCAAAUGCAACAGCAACCAGGGGCCGCCAGGGCUAUUGGCGAUGGCUCUGUGCCGACACAAGGCAGGGUUGACCCAGAACAGAUACCCAGUGUUCCACGGUCUCGCGAUGUUCCCGCUCAAUAUUACCUUGAACAUACCUACCCAACCAUGGAACGGCAUGUACCUCCGCCAUCCACUGUUCCGUUCGUCGCCCAUGACCAAGGAAAUUCAUCACCAAAGUUUGCUCGGCUCACUAUCAACAAUAUCCCUUCUACAGCAGAGUCCCUUGCUUCAACCUCGCUCCCUCUAGGCCUUAUCUUACAGCCUUUUGCUCCAUUAGACGAUGCAGAACAGCCCGUCCCUGUUUUGGACUUCGGUGAUGCUGGACCCCCACGAUGCCGAAGAUGUAGAGCUUACAUAAAUCCAUUUAUGAUUUUCCGAUCAGGCGGAAAUAAAUUUAUCUGCAACAUGUGUACAUUCCCCAAUGACGUUUCUCCUGAAUAUUAUGCGCCACUUGACCCCUCGGGUGUACGUGUGGAUCGUAUACAUCGCCCGGAACUAAUGCAAGGGACUGUCGAAUUUUUGGUUCCCAAGGAAUACUGGAGCAAAGAACCGGUGGGCUUGCGAUGGCUCUUCCUCCUUGACGUCUCCCAGGAAGCUGUGUCUCGGGGAUUUUUAGAAGCUUGUUGCGAUGGCCUGCUCUCUGCCUUGUACGGAUCAAAUAAAGAUGGAGACGAACACGAGGCCGAAACCACAGAAGAUGGUGAAUCUAAACCACGAAGGAACCUACCUGAGGGCGCGAAAGUCGGAAUAAUUACUUUUGACAAGGAGGUCCAUUUUUACAAUCUAAGUCCCCAGCUAGAACAGGCACAAAUGAUAGUAAUGCCGGAUUUAGAGGAUCCUUUUGUGCCCCUCAGCGAAGGGCUAUUCGCUGAUCCAUACGAGUCGAAGCAUGUUAUAUCAUCUCUCUUAACACAAAUACCCACUCUAUUUUCGUUCAUCAAAUAUCCAGAACCAGCCCUCCUCCCUACUCUAAACUCUGCUCUCUGUGCCCUGGAAUCAACAGGAGGAAAGAUCGUAUGCUCUUUAAGCAGCCUGCCCACCUGGGGCCCUGGACGUCUUUUUAUGCGAGACAAAGGAACAGGCCCCGGAACUGAUGCAGAAAGGAAACUGUUUAUCACUGAGCAUGUUGAGUGGAAGAAAGCUGCCACAAAAGCGGCUGAGUCUGGAAUCGGUAUUGAUUUCUUUAUAGCAGCCGGGGGUGGAACAUAUAUGGACAUCGCAACCAUUGGUUAUCAGGUGCUUCUGAAAGUCCGCUGCUCAAACGGCCUCCAGAUCUCAUCAUACCAUGGCAAUUUUCUGCAGCAUACCUUCGCCUCUGAUCUUGAAAUGGGAAGUAUUGAUGCGGAUAAAGCGUUCGGCAUCAUGUUUACAUAUGAUGGCAAGCUUGACCCUAAACUAGACGCCCAUUUCCAGGCUGCCCUCCUCUAUACUGCCGGGAAUGGACAACGACGUGUUAGAUGUAUCAACAUCGUGGCUGCUGUCAAUGAUGGUGGAAUGGAGACCAUGAAGUCUCUUGAUCAGGAUGCCAUUGUUUCUAUCCUUGCGAAAGAAGCUGCAUCCAAGGUUCCUGAAAAAUCUCUGACGGAAAUCCGUGCUGGGCUCACGGAGAAGAGUAUCGAUAUUUUGGCAAGCUACCGCAAAAACUUCUCAUUAUCGCAUCCCCCUGGCCAAUUAGUUUUGCCUGAGUAUAUACAAGAAUUUUCGAUGUAUAUGUUGAGCCUGUUGAAGUCUCGUGCUUUUAAGGGAGGUCAUGAGCCAUCGGACCGUCGUAUACACGAUGUCCGGAUGCUUCGCUCCUUUGGAUGCCGGGAACUUUCACUUUAUCUAUACCCACGGAUUAUUCCGAUUCACAACUUAGAUCCUAAGGAUGGAUUUUCCAACGAGCAUGGGCAACUACAAGUCCCGCCAAGCCAACGAGCAUCUUUCUCGCGAAUUGAAGACGGGGGAGUCUACAUUGUGGACAAUGGUCAAAUAUGUAUCCUCUGGAUUCAUGCAUUAGUGUCCCCAAACCUGCUUGAGGACCUCUUCGGCCCAGGUCACACAACACUCAAAUCCCUUGACCCGAAUACAUCAUCUAUCCCGGUUCUAGAAACGCAACUCAACGCCCAAGUACGCAAUAUUCUUCAAUAUCUAAGCACUAUCCGUGGCUCGAAGGCCAUGACUAUCCAACUGGCUAGGCAGGGUAUUGAUGGUUCGGAAUACGAAUUUGCACGACUGUUAUUGGAGGACAGAAACAAUGAGGCACAUAGUUAUGUCGACUGGCUGGUGCACCUGCACCGACAGAUCAACAUAGAGCUAGGUGGGCACCGAAAGAAGGAUGAUGGCAGCACUGUCACUGGCGCUGUCGGCGCUGGAGUGGAAAAGCUUGUGACCUAUCCCGCUGAUGUUUUCUUUUGCAACGGCAUAAUCCAUGAGGACCCAUCGACGGCUCCGACGAAAUAUGCCGGAGCAAAUUCUAGCCCUUAG